AUGUAUUCAGCCUUUUUAACGUCCCACUGCUGGGCAAGGCUGUCCCUUCAGUACGAAGGAGAUCAGGUCAUAGUCCACCACCAUAAGACAAGUGGCGACACACUAUGUCCGACCGGCAUGUUCCGCUGCCCCGAGGGCAAGUGCAUCCCGGCCCUGUGGGUGUGCAACUACCAGCGCGACUGUGAGAAGGGUGAAGACGAGUUUCAAGCGUGUCCCCCCCCAGAAUGUGAGGCAGGUCAACUAACUUGCGGACAGUAUGUGUGGAACAAGACUUAUUGCAUCCCGCCGCACUACCGCUGCGACAUGCACGUGGACUGCGUCGACGGGACGGACGAGGCGGACUGCACAUACCGCAAAUGCCAAACGGAAGACUUCCAAUGCGGCAUGGAGGGUAUUGGCUCCAGCAAGAUAUCGACGCAGGGACCGUGUAUACCCAAAGAGAAGAAAUGUGACGGGUAUCUAGAUUGUAGGACAGGCAAAGACGAACAGGAUUGCCCUGGGCAGACGAUAACGUGUCGCCUGGACCAGUACCGGUGUGCGUCGGGCGACAAGUGCGUGGACGAGUCCGCUAAGUGCGACCACAAAGACGACUGCGGCGAUAAUAGCGAUGAAUUAGCUUGUAAUUUCCCACCAUGCCACGUCGGUCAGUUCCGCUGUACCAAUGCUCUGUGCAUCCCCGCCACCUACCACUGCGACGGCUACAAGGACUGUGCGGACGGCUCCGACGAGGCCAACUGUACCGCCAUCGCGUGUCCUGACAACAAGUACCUGUGUCCCCGAGGCGGGCCGGGGGGCAUGCACAAGUGCAUCGCCAGGUCUCAGCUCUGUGACGGAAAGAGAGAUUGCGAAGAUAACGCGGAUGAAGAAAAUGCUUGCUCGACGCUGUCGUGCCCCGCGCUGGAGUGCGAGUACAAGUGCGUGGCGUCGCCGGCGGGCGGCGCGUGCGCGUGCGGCGCCGGCCUGGCGCUGGCGCCCGACAACCGCACGUGCGUGGACCGCGACGAAUGCCGCGAGUGGGGCCCGUGCUCGCAGCUCUGCAUCAACACGCCUGGCUCGUACUCGUGCGCGUGCGCGCCGGGCUACGUGGCGGGCGAGGGCGGGCGCUGCGGCGCGCGCGCGGAGGGCGCGUGGCUGGCGCUGGCGCACGAGCGCGGCGUGCUGCGCCUGGAGCUGGGCGGGCGCUCCGCCGCCACGCUCGCCAACGCCUCCGCCGCCGCCGGCCUCGACUACCAUUACCGCCGGAACCGCCUCUUCUGGUCCGACUCCAAAACUAGGAAGAUCCACUCGCAGCCGCUGGACGCGCUGGCGGGCGUGCCGAGCCUCGCCGCCAGCGACGUGUCGGUGGCGGGGUCGUGGACGCCGGUGGCGCUGGCCGUGGACUGGGUCGGCGACAAGCUGUACGUGGCCGACGCCAUGGGGCAGAAGAUCGACGUGUUCGAGCUGGACGGCCGCUGGCACGCCGUCGUGCUCGGUUCCAACCUCACCAACCCCGCCGACAUCGCUCUGGACCCCACGCUGGGGUUGAUGUUCGUCGCUGACAGCAGUCAGAUCAUCCGAGCAAACAUGGACGGAACACACGCUAAAUCUAUAGUAUCCGAAGCGACAUACAAAGCGUCUGGUAUAUCAGUAGACACUAUAUCGAGACGUAUAUUCUGGUGUGACUCUCUAUUAGACUACAUAGAAACUGUCGAUUAUGAUGGAAAUUACAGAUUUUUAGUAUUGCGAGGCCAACAAGUGCCCAGUCCUUCUAGGUUAGCCUUGUUUGAAGACCGUGUGUAUUGGUCGGACAGCACUAAGCAAGGCAUAAGUUCAGUAAACAAAUACGAGGGUUCCACAAGUAUCCAAGCGAUAUACAAAACGAAAGAUAUCAGAGAACCGAAAGCUAUAACCAUUGUUCACUCUUUAAAACAAACUUCAGUAAAUAACCCGUGUGGGAACAAUAAUGGUGGUUGUUCCCAAAUGUGUAUAGUCACGGCUCUUCAAAAUGGCGGACUUGGCUACCGGUGCGCAUGUAAUAUCGGAUAUAGAUUAGAAACAGAUUUAAGAAACUGUGAUAUUGUAAGCGAAUUUCUUAUGUAUUCCCAACAAAGGUUCAUAAAGGGUAAGGUCUUGGACCCUGUUAUCGAAGGAUUUAGCGAUGCUAUUCUACCUGUUGUAUCAAAGAGAGCAAGAUUCGUAGGUUUAGAUUUUGAUGCCCGAGACGAACAUAUUUACUACUCCGAUGUUCUACAAGACGUUAUUUAUAGAGUACACAGAAAUGGAACUACAAGGGAAAUUGUUUUGGCUUCACAAAAUGAAGGAGUUGAAGGGUUAGCUGUAGACUGGGCUUCAAAGAAUUUAUACUAUAUCGAUUCCAGGAAGGGAACGCUGAAUGUGCUGUCUACUAGAAAUGUUGCGUAUAAAAGAACUUUAUUAAAACACUUGAAACGACCGAGAGCGAUCGUUGUACACCCUAAUAAAGGAUACAUUUUCUUCUCGGAAUGGGAUCGUCCGGCUAACAUUAGUCGAGCUAACACAGACGGCACUGGCCUUUUAGUAUUCGAAAAUGUUACUCUAGGUUGGCCCAAUGGGCUGUCUAUAGACUUUGAUGCAAACAGAGUUUACUGGUGCGAUGCUCUGUUGGACCACGUCCAACACGCUAAUUUAGAUGGUACAGACGUUAAAACAGUUAAUUCGAGACUUAUUAGACAUCCUUUCUCAAUUGUUAUUUAUAAAGAUUUUAUGUACAUCACUGAUUGGAGACUAGACGCUAUUGUUCGCUUGCACAAGUUGACCGGCGAGCAAGAAGACAUCAUGGUGAGGGAACCUCAAACGAAUAGGCUUUAUGGUGUUAAAGUAUACAGUGAAGGUAUACAGAAGAUAGAUCCUAUGCAACCUUGUGCUAGAAAUAAUGGUAACUGUCAGAAAUUCUGCUUCGCCGUUCCAAGGAAUAAUACGGAGUUGUUAACUGUCAAGUGUGGAUGUCCGUAUGGGGAGAAGCUGGCGCCAGACGGCACCAGUUGCAUCGCGGACCCGAACUCGGAGCCGCCGGUGCAGGCCUGCCCCAACACGUGGGACUUCACCUGCAACAACCAGAGAUGUAUCCCCAAGAGCUGGGUGUGUGACGGAGACGACGACUGCCUCGACAACAGCGACGAAGAACAGAAUUGUACCAAAACGACGUGCAACGCUUCGGAGUUCAUGUGCAAGUCGGGGCGCUGCAUCCCGGCCACGUUCAAGUGCGACUCGGAGAACGACUGCGGCGACUACUCGGACGAGGCGGGCUGCGGCAACGUGACGUGCAGCGCCUCGCAGUUCCGCUGCGCCAACGGCCGCUGCGUCCCCAACACCUGGAAGUGCGACUCCGAGAACGACUGCGGCGACGGCUCCGACGAGGGCGCGCACUGCGCCGACAAGACCUGCGCCUACUUCCAGUUCACGUGCCCGCGCACGGGGCACUGCAUCCCGGCGUCGUGGGUGUGCGACGGCGACGACGACUGCUUCGACAAGCAGGACGAGGCCGACUGCCCGCCGGUCUCCUGCCUCGCCUCGCAGUUCAAGUGCGCCGACCUGAAGCAGUGCGUGCAGGAGGCGUACAAGUGCGACGGCAUCCCGGACUGCAACGACGGGUCGGACGAGGCGGGCUGCCCGUCGCUGGCGCCGCACCAGUGCGCCGCCGAGCGCCAGUUCCAGUGCGCCUCCUCCGGCCUCUGCAUCCCGCGCACCUGGUACUGCGACGGCACACCGGACUGCGAGGACCUGUCGGACGAGCCGGCGGCGUGCGGCGCCGCGGCGUGCGGCGCCGGGCACUUCCGCUGCGACAACGCGCGCUGCGUGUUCCGAGCCUACGUGUGCGACGGCCGCGACGACUGCGGCGACGGCUCCGACGAGGGCGCGCGCCACGCCUGCAGCCCGCCCAAGUUCAGAUGCCCAUCUGGACAAUGGCAAUGUCCAGGUGUCACUAACCGAUGUGUUAAUUUGACUCAAGUGUGUGAUAAUAACUACGACUGUCCCAAUGGUGCUGAUGAAGGUCCAGGAUGUGAUUUUGCAACAUGCCAACACUCCUCAAGUCUUUGUUCAAACGACUGCAAACAGACGCCCGACGGUCCCCUUUGUUUGUGCCCAAGCGGAGAAGAACUAGAAGCUGACGGUUUCACUUGCAAGGACAUCGACGAAUGUGAUCCUCCCGGACUUUGCUCACAAAAAUGUACCAACACUAAACGAUCCUACUUCUGCAGCUGUGUUGAAGGCUACCAGCUCUCAGGGGACAAACAUACAUGCAAAGCAAAUAACCACUCCAGUGCAUUCCUCAUAAUUUCUAACAGACAUUCAAUAUUGGUAGCGGAUCUCAACGAGCAAGGACUGGAAAGAGUGCCGAUCAAUGUUGAAAACGUUGUGGCGACCGCAUCGAACAUGCACACUGGUACAAUAUUCUGGUCCGAUAUGAAGCUUAAGAAAAUAUCUCGAUUAGAUCGCGGCACUGAACCUCAAGUCAUAAUUUCAACCGGGCUAGACUUAGUCGAAGGAUUGGCUUACGAUUGGAUCGGCGGAAAUAUUUACUGGUUGGACAGCAAAUUGAAUAGCAUCGAAGUGGCGACGGAAGACGGCAGCGCUAGAACAGCUCUGCUCAGCGGAAACAUAACCCAGCCGAGGGGCAUGUGCCUGGACCCCGCGCCCGACGCGCGCUGGCUGUUCUGGACGGACUGGGGCGAGAACCCGCGCAUCGAGCGCGUGGGCAUGGACGGCUCCCAGCGCAUGGCCAUCAUCACCACCAAGAUCUACUGGCCCAACGGACUCACGCUGGACACAGCCACGCAGCGAGUGUACUUCGCUGAUUCUAAAUUGGACUUUAUUGAUUUCUGUUACUAUAACGGUUCAGGGCGACAGCAAGUGUUGGCUGGAAGUCAUUAUCUCCUACAUCCGCAUUCGCUUACCUUAUUUGAAGAUACUUUGUACUGGACGGAUCGGCAGUUAAAUAGAGUACUCUCUGCUCACAAGUUUAGAGGCACGAAUCAAACCGUUGUGUCUCAUCUGAUAUCGCAGCCGCUGUCUAUCCACGUGCACCACCCGUCGCUGCAGCCGCAGUAUCCAUCGCCUUGCAAGAAAGAUUCUUGCCAGCACCUUUGCUUGUUGAGUCCAAAUAGUACUGUGGGAUAUACUUGUAUGUGCAAGCCAGGAUACAAGUUGUUACCGGACGGAAAAUGUGUGGAAGAGGAAAAUGCGUACUUGAUGGUGCUGAAGGGAUCCCAAAUCAUAGACUUGUCGACAGAUGGUUCUGGAAGAGCUGGACAGUUGCCUCCAGUUGUCGGUAUACAAGGCGGCGUGCAACUGGAUUACGACCGGCAAGGCCACAUGCUGUACUGGCUGCAGUCCAUCAGCGGCGACAACGAGGACGACGAAAACUGCACCAUCUAUAGUAUGCCUUAUGGCGGUGGCAAUAAAGUUGAGUUCUUGGGACAAGACACAGGCGUAGUCGGGUCGCCUUCCGCCAUCGCAUUCGACUGGCUCGGACGCAACCUAUUUAUGGCAAACAAAGCCGCCAGUAAUAUUGAAUUGGUGAGAGUAGAUGGCAAAGUUAAAUACAGGUCUAUUGUAUUUGCUAAUGAUGGAAGUAGAACUUCAGUCGCAAAGCCUAAGGGACUUUGUUUAGAUCCUACCGAAGGAAAAAUCUAUUGGUCUGACGAUGGCGGUUAUGGAGUGCCAGCAAAAAUUGGAAAAGUUAACAUGGACGGAAGUAAUCCUGUAAUCCUUGUAGAUACAAUUGAAAGACCAGAAGCUAUUACGGUGGAUAUUGACAAAAAGAUUGUUUACUUCAGCACACAGUACCCAGCCAGCAUCAACAGCGUCAACACAGAAGGAAAUGACAGAAAAACUAUUUUAACAGAAGCUAAUGCUAUCUCAUACCCUAAAGUGAUCGCCGUACUCGAUUCUAGACUGUACGUGCUUGACACACGACAUGAAAAAAUAUUUAAGGCUGAUUUACCAAAUGGUGAUAACAUUAAAGUUAUACUGGACAAUGAAAGUGAUUUGAAAUCUUUAACAAUAUUCCAGAAAAGAAAAAUGAUGCAUCACCCUUGUGCUCAAAAUAAUGGCGGCUGUGAACAAAUUUGCAUCCCCAGCGAAGGUGGUUCUAGAGUUUGCGCUUGUUCUGUUGGAUACAGAAAGGAAAAUGAAAUAAAUUGUGUUCCAUAUAAAACGUUUGCAGUCGUGUCACAGUUAGAUCUUAUUAGAGGCUACAGUCUUGAAUCUAGUGCUGAAGCUAUGGUUCCAGUCACUGGACAGGGCCAUCAUAUACUUCAUGUUGAUGUUCAUUUCGCAGAAAAUUAUAUAUAUUGGGUGGAGUUCAAUCGAGGACAAUAUAAUGGCAUAUUCCGUAUUCGACCUAAUGGAUCAGAGCUGCAACACGUGAUAAAAGAUGGAAUUGGAAGCAACGGUAUACGAGGCUUGGCGAUUGACUGGGUGGCUGGCAAUUUGUACUUUACUAACGUAUUUCCACAUGAAAACUAUGUUGAAAUGUCAUGGCUUGAUGGUUCCAAUCGAAAAGUUAUAGUAAAAACUACUAUGGAUGCACCAAGGGAACUUGCCGUUAACCCCUUGAAGAGAUUGCUUUAUUGGAUAGAUUACGGCCAAUAUCCUCGUAUCGGCAAAGCUUAUCUUGAUGGCAGUAACUGGCAGACCGUUGUGAGUUCGGGAAUAUCUAAUCCCAAAGAUUUAACAAUUGAUAUGCUAACACAUGAUGUAUACUGGGUUGAUUCAAAACUGGAUCAAAUACAAAAAAUAUCUUAUAACGGUGGCAAUCGACAAUUAAUUAGAUCUAAUUUACCAAAUCCUAUGGGUAUUGCUAUACAUACUGGGAGUGUUUACUGGGUUGACAGAAACCUACAAACAAUUUAUAAAGCUUCUAAAUUACCCGGCAAUAUGUCAAUGCCAGAAAAAGUGCGUACUAACUUGCCAAAAUUAAGAGAUAUCGUAAUAUUCGACAUAAACAAUCAACCAACAGAUGAAAAUAAUCCAUGCAGAAAACUUGGAAACGGUGGAUGCGAUCAACUAUGCUUCAGUUAUCCUCCAGAAGCUAACAAAGGCUACACACACCGUUGCGAAUGUGCAACCGGUCAAGUAUCUGCAAGUAAUCCAAAAAAAUGCGAUGUGGUUGAUGAAUACUUAGUGUUUACUACCAGAACUGAAAUUCGCGCAGUAAACUUAGAUCCUAAAUCUACUGGAGUCCCAUUCAAACCUAUCGGCAAUCUUACAAAUGUUGUAGGUGUUGAAUUUGAUUACGCCGAUAAUAAGUUAUUCUUUACACAAAUCAGGCCUUGGGCGAGAAUCGCUUGGAUGUCAGCGAAUAAUCCGGAUGCGUCAGGAAUACAAAAUAUUAUUAACAAGAAUAUUAAUCCAGAAGGUAUAUCAUAUGACUGGACUCAAAAGAAAAUUUAUUGGACAGACAGUUCUAAUAAUUCUAUUUACGCAAUGAACUUAGACGGCACAGAACUGGUAAUGAUUGCUAGAGUAGAACGCCCCCGAGCUAUAGUAGUAGAUCCAUGUAACGGAACACUUUAUUACACCGAUUGGGGAAGAUUCGGUACGUCUGGUAAAAUCUACAGAACUACAAUGGCUGGAUCUCUUAAAAAGGCUGUUAUUGAUAAAGAUCUAUCGCAGCCUAGUGGACUCACGAUUGAUUUUGAUGAAAAUAUGCUAUAUUGGACUGAUGCUGUUCGAGAAAAAAUAGAACGCUCUAAAUUAGAUGGAACAGAUCGUGAGGUAUUGAUUUCUGCUACAAUAUAUCCAUUUGCUAUUACUGUUUUUAGAAAUUAUAUUUACUGGACUGAUCUACAGCUACGAGGUGUUUAUAGAGCCGAAAAACACACCGGCGCUAAUAUGGUCGAAAUGGUUAAGAGAUUAGAAGAUUCACCUCGUGAUAUUCAUAUUUACAGUUUAAGCAGGCAAAAAUGUCAAAAGAACUUGUGUAAGAUCAAUAAUGGAGGAUGUGCGCAGAGUUGUCAUCCUGCACCAAACAAUUCUGUCGAAUGUAGAUGUGAUGAUAAUACUAAGUUAGUCAAUGAAGGUAGAAUGUGUGUUGCUAAGAAUAUCACCUGCGAUCCUAGCAAAUUCUUCUGCGCUAAUGGAAAAUGCAUAAGUAGGAUGUGGUCUUGCGAUGGAGAUGACGACUGCGGAGAUAAUUCAGAUGAAGACAAAAAUUACUGUGCAUAUCACUCGUGCUCGCCUAAUGAGUUCCGGUGUAAUAACGGCCGUUGUAUAUUUAAAUCUUGGAAAUGUGAUCAUGAAAAUGAUUGUAAGGAUGGGUCGGAUGAAGAAGGCUGCGUUUAUCCACCAUGUGCUGAAGGAGAAUUCACUUGUUUAAAUUCACGUUGCAUACCGAAAACACAAGUUUGUAACGGAAUCAAUGACUGUAAAGACAAUAUUACAUCUGAUGAAACUCACGAAAUGUGUCCUAGAAAUACAACUUGCCCAGCUAACCAUCUCAAAUGUGAAAAAACAAAUAUUUGUGUAGAACCAUAUUGGCUUUGUGAUGGCGAUAAUGAUUGCGGUGACAACUCAGAUGAAGAUCCAUUACAUUGCGCCCAACGAACGUGCCCACAAAACAGUUUCCGCUGUCCCAACCACAGAUGUAUUCCAGCUACUUGGUAUUGUGAUGGUGACGACGAUUGUGGUGAUGGCGCGGAUGAACCUCCAGAGUAUUGUCGCUCAGAAGGAAGAACCUGUUUCGGUGAUUUAUUUACUUGCGAUAAUGGAAAUUGUAUUCCUCGAAUUUACAUCUGCGACGGAGAUAAUGAUUGUCUGGAUAAUAGUGACGAAGACGAUAGACACCAAUGUAAUGAAAGAAAAUGUGAUGCUGAAACUGAAUACACAUGUGAAGAGAACAAAUUCUGGGGAAGAGCUCAGUGUAUUCCCAAGAAAUGGUUGUGUGACGGUGACCCUGACUGUAUAGAUGGUGCAGAUGAAAACGCAACUAUCCAUCAUUGUUCUACUCCUACUCCUUGCUCUGAAGACCAGUUCCAAUGUACCAAUGGACGUUGCAUAAAUGAAGGCUGGGUUUGUGAUCACGAUAACGAUUGUGGAGAUGGAUCAGAUGAAGGAAAACAAUGUAAUACCCAAUAUAAAACAUGUACAGAUCAGGAAUUUAGGUGCCAAAACUUUAAAUGUAUUAGAAAUCACUUCAGAUGCGAUGGUGAAGACGAUUGCGGUGACCAUUCAGAUGAAGUAGGAUGUGUAAAAGAGAAUAAAACUUGUCCUGUAGGACAAUUUAAAUGUAAUAAUGAUCAGUGCAUUGAUAAUAGACUUGUUUGUAAUAAAGUAUCUGAUUGUACCGAUGAUUCCGAUGAACCUGCUCAUUGUAACAUUGAUGAGUGCGCCAAACUGGAAAUAAACCAAUGUGGUCACAAAUGUAUUGACACUAUAACUGGAUAUUACUGCGACUGUAAUCAAGGAUAUAAACUCUUGAGUGACGGUAAAGCUUGCGCCGAUAUAGAUGAGUGUGUGGAAACCCCAGGCGUUUGUUCUCAAUACUGUUCGAAUACUCCAGGAUCUUACUACUGUAAAUGUAAUGAACAAUACUAUGAGAGAGAAGCUGAUGAGCAUACCUGUAAGAGAAAAGACAACACUACAGCAUGGAUUAUAUUUACAAAUAAAUAUUAUGUAAGAAACAUGUCCACAGACGCCUCUAUAUAUAAUUUAGUGCAUCAAGAUCUUAUGAAUGUGGUCGCUAUAGACUUUGACAUUAAAGAAAAGUAUAUGUAUUUUGCUGAUGUGUCUGCAAAAACUAUAUAUCGAUCAGAUUACUCGGAUCCAAAUCCAACUAAAGACGUAGUUAUUAGACAUGAUUCUCACGGCUUAGAAGGUAUUGCAAUAGAUUGGAUUGGAAGAAAAAUAUAUUGGCUAGAUAGACACUCAAAGAAUUUAGAUGUGGCUGAGUUAGAUGGAACUAGAAGAAAGACACUCAAAACGGGAAUAGCUGAUCCUAGAGCAAUUGUUGUUCAUCCAGGUACUGGAUACUUGUACUACACUUCCUGGCACCUUCAAGCUUACAUUGGAAAACUGGGCAUGGAUGGUUCUAACUUUACAGCGAUUUUAAACUGGGAAGAUGAUAUUGCAUGGCCUAAUGCUUUAACAAUUGAUUACCUCACGGAUAGAAUUUAUUGGGCUGAUGCUCACUUAGAUUACAUAGGAUCGGCUGACUUGGAAGGUAGACAUAGGCACAUUGUUUUAUCAGGCAGUAAAGUUCCACAUGUUUUCGCACUUAGUCUCUUCGACGAUGAAAUAUACUGGACAGAUUGGAAUCUUAAAGCUAUAAGUAAAGCAAAUAAACACUCAGGUGAAAAUUUAACUACACUUCGAAACACUACACAUCGCCCAUAUGAUAUUCAUGUAGUACACCCACUGAGACAGCUGCCUUAUAACAACCCUUGUGGAAACAACAACGGAGGCUGCUCGCACCUUUGCCUUAUUGCGCCGCCGCAUGAAUCAAGCUAUCUUAAUAUUGAGGGUUAUGGUGAGGAAGGUGCAACCACGCAUAAAUGCGCGUGUCCUAAUCAAUUCUAUUUAGCUCGAGACAUGAAGACAUGUAUAGCUAAUUGUACAGAUGGCCAACACAGGUGCAAUGGCCAUGACGAAAAAUGUAUACCGUGGUUCUGGAAAUGUGAUGGUGAAAAAGAUUGUAAGGAUGGUUCUGAUGAGCCUGACACGUGUCCAGUUAGACAUUGUAGAGCUGGCUCGUUCCAGUGUAAAAAUACAAACUGUACUCCAGCUGCAACUAUUUGUGAUGGAACAGAUGACUGUGGUGAUGGCAGUGAUGAAGCGCAAUGUGCCCACGAAUGUCCGCUACUUGAAUUUAAAUGUAAAGCUAGUGGCAGAUGCAUAUUGGAUAGUUGGAAAUGCGAUGGGGAUACUGAUUGUAAAGACAAUAGCGACGAAGAUCCCGCAAUGUGUCACAAUCGACCAUGUAAUCCAGAUACAGAAUUCGCUUGCAAAAAUGGACGCUGUAUUCCGAAAUUAUGGAUGUGUGACUUCGAUAACGAUUGUGGAGAUGAUUCUGAUGAACCAGCUUACAUGUGCAGGCAGAAAAAUUGCACUAACGGAUGGAGACGGUGUCCAGGACAAUCAAACUACAGAUGCAUACCAAAAUGGUUGUUCUGUGAUGGUAAGGAUGAUUGUAGAGAUGGGUCCGAUGAACUGCCAGAAAAUUGUCCAUCUUGUAAUAGUGAAACAGAUUUCACUUGUCAAAACAAACGUUGCAUUCCUAAGCAAUGGCUAUGCGACUUUACUGAUGAUUGUGGAGAUGGAAGCGAUGAAGCGGAGUCUGUAUGCCAACAUAAGUACAGAGAGUGCUCCGAAUCAGAAUUUAAAUGUGGUAAUGGAAAAUGUAUAUCCUCAAGAUGGCGUUGUGACCACGAAGAUGACUGCGGAGACAAUACUGAUGAGAUGGAAUGUGGUGGAUUCAAAUGCAAAAAUGGAACAUUCCAGUGUAAUUCGGGUCACUGUAUUGCAGCGUACUUUAGAUGUGAUGGUGAUAGGGACUGCAGGGAUUUAUCUGAUGAAAUCGGAUGUCCUCCACGAUUCCCCGGUGGAAGAUAUUGUCCAGAAAGCAGAUUCCAAUGCGCGAAUAACUUGUGCGUGUCACAAUCAGACCUGUGUGAUGGAACAGAUGAUUGUGGUGACGGAUCCGAUGAAGCUCCUUCAAUUUGUACUGACUUUAACUGUGACACCCUUCGACGCUUCCAUUGCGAAAAUCAUCGCUGCGUGCCUAGAUACCAAGUAUGCGACGGCAUAGACAACUGUGGAGACGGUUCAGACGAGAAUAAUAUGACAUUGUGUGCGUCGCGCGCGCGUCCUUGCGACCCGCUCACGCAGUUCCAAUGUGCAAACCGCAACUGUGUGUCGCGUACGCAACUUUGUAACUUGGCAGAUGACUGCGGCGAUGGGUCCGACGAGCUGGGGUGUCACCACACUCAUACUUGCUCACCAGUCGAUAAAGGCGGCUGCGAACACUUCUGCACCAACCUGACGCUGCCGCUCGGCGCCGGCGCCGGGCCCGGCGGCUACAUCUGCACGUGCUUCCAGGGCUGGAUCAUCUCGCGCGCCGACAGCAAGCGCUGCGCCGACGUAGACGAGUGCGCCAGCGGCGCGCACCACUGCUCGCACGUCUGCACCAACCUCAACGGCAGCUACAGCUGCAGCUGUCGGGAUGGCUUCAAAUUAGCUGACUCCUUGUCUGGUAUAUGCAAAGCUGUUAAAGAUGACGUAGUAUUAAUAUUUGCCAACGGCCCCGAAAUAAGGGCAUUCGUUCAAGAUAAAAAUGAACAAUUUGAUAUUAUCACAUCUGAAAAGAGAAUUGAAGCCAUUGAUUACGAUCCAAAUCAGGAAAUGGUAUUCUGGGCAGACAGCUACGACAAAACCAUCAAACGUUCGUACAUGGUUAAUGCUCUAAACGGUGAAGCCAAGACCGGGUACGCUCAAGAUUUGAAUAUGAAAGGCAAUUCUAAGCCCACAGCCAUCGCUGUAGAUUACAUCGGAGAAAACUUAUAUUGGACCGAAACUGAUAGAACUGGAUCUAAGCCGAGAGGGCGCGUCAUGGUAGCCAGAACCGAUGGACGAUAUAGGCGAGCUUUAGUUUCAGCUGGUAUUGAAAGUCCAACGUCACUAGUCCUAGAUCCUCAAUUCGGUAAAAUGUACUGGACUGAUGCUGGAUCAGCGCCAAAGAUCGAAACAGCUUGGAUGGAUGGCUCUAAGAGAAGGCCAAUCAUUACGGAAAAUGUCCGACAUCCUACAGGUUUGGCCAUCGAUCACGCCAUGGACCAUAAUAUUUAUUGGGCAGAUACUAAAUUGAAUACUAUAGAGAUGAUGAAACAAGACGGAACAAACCGCAAAGUUAUUUUAAAGGGAGAUUUCUUGAAACAUCCUUUGUCUUUGGACGUCUUUGAAUCAUCAUUGUACUGGGUGACGCGGGAAACCGGCGAGCUGGUGCGACAAGACAAAUUCGGUAGAGGAGUGCCAUUCGUUAUAUCCAAGGAUCUAGUCAAUCCCUCGGCUGUGAAAGUGUACCACCCGCUGCGCUACAACACGUCGCUGCUGGCGCGCAGCGGCUGCGCGCGCGCGCCGUGCUCGCACCUGUGCCUGGCCGUGCCGGGCGGCCGGCGCUGCGCCUGCCCCGACCUGCUGCCGCCGCCCAAGCGCGUCGCGCACGAGCUCGCCUGCGACGCCGCGGUGGAGCCGACGCGGCCGCUGCCGCUGGUGUGUCCGUGCGAGAACGGCGGCACGUGCGUGGAGGACGCGCUGGGCGGCGUGAGCUGCGCGUGCCGACCGCCGCUGCAGGCGCCGCGCUGCGCCGCCGCCGCCGCCGCGCCGCGCGCCGCGCCCGCUGCCGUGCUCGUGCCCGUGCUGCUCGUGCUCGUGCUCGCGGCCGCCGGCGCCGCCGCUUGGUUCAUCGUGCGGAAACGACCCUUCGGCAAGGGUGGUGGUCUCGGAAGCCUAGCGUCGUCUCAGAGCGUUUCGUUCCGCGCCGGCUCCAACGUGGAGUUCGGCGCGGGGCUGGGCGCAGCGGCGGGCGGCGCGGGGGCGGGCGGCGCGGGGGCGGCGGGCGCGGACGCGUACGCGCUGGGCGAGCCGGCGCGCAAGGGACGCGACUUCAGCAACCCCAUGUACGAGGCCGUGACGCGCGCCGCCGCCGUCGGCGACCCGGAGCCGCCGCUACCGGGCAUCUACGAGGUGCCGGAGGAGAUCAAGGACAAGGUGGUGUCGGCGGUGCUGUCGCCGUCGGCCACGGAGACGCGCGAGCCGCGCGGCCGCCGCGCGCGCGCGCUCGACCCCGCUGCCGACACCGGCGCCGACACGCAGCAGCUCGUGCGCGAGGACCGCGACUGC